AUGUUGAUCACUACCAACCUGGCAGUCGCUGGAUUUGCUCUCUCGGCCUCCGGAAUGUACUACUGGUGUGAUCAAAGACGGCGUGAGGAGGCAAGAGGCAUGGCAAUGGCUGUUCAAGGCAUGAGGAUGCUGCAUGAGAAAAAAGCCCGCGAGAAGGCUGCCGAGGAUGCUGCACGGGCAGCGGCGGCAGAAAUCGAAGAGCAGGAACAGAAACGGAGAGGGCAAUGGUAUAAAUUUUGGUAA